CGCAACCAAACAAAGCAAUCACAACUCCUCUUCUCUAUUAUAAUACAAAUACAACAUCUCGCCACCUUUUGACAAAGAGUCUCACCACUUGCACACAAAACCUCAACACCAUCAUCACCACAAUCACUCCACCAACAACUCACACAAUGGCCCUCCCCAACCGCAAAGUCGUCAUCACCUCCUUCGGCCCUGCCUCCACCAGCCUCGAAAUCGUAAACUCCACCAUCCAGCCUCCCUCCAAGGGCCAAGUCCAGGUCAAGAUCCACUAUGCAGGCUUCUCCGGCGCCGACAUCAACAUGCGCCUCGGCAUCUACCCCCUCCAGAAAGCCGCCCCUCUCACUCCCGGCUACUGCUUCGCCGGCCGCGUCUCCGCCAACGGCCCCGGAUGCUCCAAGUUCAAGCCCGGCGACAUGGUCACGGCUAUGACAAAGUACGACUCUGAUGCCGAGUACAUCAACAUCGAGGAGAAGCAUCUCAUCCCCGUUCCCGAGGGCGUUGAUCCCAAGCAGGCCGCCGCCCUUGCCCUUGACUGGACCACCGCCUACGGUAUGGUCUACCGCGCUGCAAAGGUCAAGGCUGGCCAGCGCGUCUUCAUCCACGGCAUCAGCGGUGCUGUCGGCCAAGGCAUCAUGUACCUCUGCCUUCUCCAGGGCGCAACCGUCUACGGUACUGCCGCAGAGCGAAACCACGCUGCCCUCAAAGAGGCCGGCGCUCACCCCUUCCUCUACACCAACAAGGACUGGAUCAGCGCCAUGAAGGAGCUUGGCGGCGUCCACGCCGUCUUCGAUGCCCUAGGCUUUGAGAGCUUCGACGAGUCCUACUCUAUCCUGACCAGCACCGAGAGGAGCAUCGUCGUCGCCUACGGCAACAACCUCUCUUCUCUGACUGGCGGCAAGAAGCGCUCUCCCUGGCCCUCUGUGUUCAAGCUGAUGGCCAAGGCCCUGUACUUUUGGUCCAACAAAACGACCACCUUCUACUUCAUUACGCGUGAUCAGAGUACUUUCCAGCCCGAGUUCCGCCUGCUGCUCAACAUGGUCAAGGAGGGCACCAUUACCGUGCCCAUCAAGGCAGUCUGGGACCUUGACGAUAUCAAGCAGGCUCACGAGGCUUGGGGUAAGGGUGCUGGUAUGGGAACUCCGGUUAUACGCAUUGCCUCUGAAGCUUAAGACAUUCGCUUUAAUACUGAUUUCCUUUGUUGUUGUUGAACAUUAUAUCGAAACGUUGCCUAGAUCUACAGUGGCUUUUCAUUUGUUUUUUUGUUUUUUCUGUUUUCAAUUCCCAUAUAGACCGAUGUUUUCUUUUUCCCUUAGUGAUAGCGAAUAAUAGCAAAUAGCAAAUACUAAUACGCCUCAUCUCUC